AACAUAUUAGAAAAUAUCAAAACUUGUUUUAGUUAUAAAUUGUAGUUAGUGAUCCCUUAUUUGUCCUUAACUUAUCUUAACUAAACUUAUCUAAGUGGACUAUCAGCAAACGGAUCUUAAUUAUACGAUGGGCCAAAGGGAAAACAUUAUAAACGGUAAAGACAAAUCUUAAGAGAUGGCCAUAUAAUUGAGGUUAGCCAGCCUAGAAUUUCUACUUGAUAUUGUAACACGUAUCGCCUUUAAUUACACUAUUAGAAGUUGGCUCAACGACGAUCUCUUAUGACCCAAAGGAACAUAAUUAAGAGCUAGCCAAGGUUUUUACCUUAUAAAUAUCCGUUAUGGUCCUACUAAAUUGAUAGAAUCUUUGUCAAUAAAAAUGAGUUGAAUACACAUGAUAGAGGAUGAGAGUGAAAGGGGCAAUGAAUGGGCAGAAUUAGGCCGGUGGUUUUAUGCACUUAGGACAUUCACCAAAGACAACACCACUGAGCAGUGAGCAGUGAGCAGUGAGCAGUGAGCACUGACCACAACGUGGGUUUUUGAUCACGGGCCAAGUUAACAUAGAUGUUGGAGCCAAUUGAAUCCAACUUAAUACUAAAUUGACUAAAGACAAAAGCUUAACAAAACGUAGUUAAUUUGUUUCCAUUUGAAAGUUACACCAACUAGCUUAAUUAGCUUAGUACUAGGAACUAGGAACUAGGAAGUAGUCUGUAAUCUGUAUAUGCAUAUUAAUUAAUUGGCGUAUAUAUAUAUAAUAUACUCGAUCUAUAACCCUAAUCCUCUCUAUAAAUAACGUACCGGUGCUAAUCCUUAUCCAUACACUAAUUAAGUAAUUAGCUAAAAAUAAAUAAACAUCGAUCAAAAUUAAGAUGAAGAUGAAGAUGAAGAUGAAGAGCAAGAGCUCAGCUUUAGCAAUUGUUUUUCUCUUACUAAAUCUCCGCCUGGUUAACAGUUGUUACGUUUGUGGGAAGCCAAACAAGCCAUCACCAACAAUAUCAAUAGGGGGAGGGUCGAGUGGUCAACAACACUGCCCAAGGGAUGCCUUGAAACUUGGCAUAUGUGCAAAAGUGUUGAAUGGCCCUGUCAAUGCUGUUAUUGGAACCCCUCCAACCCACCUUUGUUGUAGUGUUAUUCAAGGCCUUCUUGAUUUGGAAGCUGCAAUCUGCUUAUGCACUGCUAUUAAGGCUAAUAUUCUUGGGAUUAACCUUAAUAUUCCCAUUGUUCUUAACCUUCUUAUCAACGUUUGCGGCAAGUCUACUCCCUCCGACUUCCAAUGCGCCUAAUUAAUUUGCAAAUCAUCCAGGAUCGAAUAACAAUUUCAAUACAUUUCCAGCUUUAGCUUUGCUUUAAUCAAUAUAAUUGUUUUCUUCUUGUUUCUGCUUUUGUAGUAGAAAUUAAUUAACUUGUAUUUUGUGCUUUCUCUAUUACGUACAUUGGGAAAGAACCUCUCAAUGAAUUUAUUAAUUUAACUUUAGAUUUAAUUAUUAAUGUCAUGCAUGUAAGAUGCAAACUUUCAUUA